AUGUAUGAAAGAUAUAAAAGAUGUGUUUUUCAUUUUAUUGUGUUGGCGUCAGCUGCUUUUGUCAGUGAUUGUUUGGGAAAAAUUGCACCUGACUUCAUUCAUCCGUGCAACAAUACCGAACCUGCGUGUCUGAUACAAGCUACGGCAGAUGCUAUACCCGAGUUCUCAAAGGGAAUACCUCACCUCGGAGUUCCCGCGCUAGAUCCUUUCAUCAUUGACGAGCUGCCCAUACAACUCCCUGGUAUUAAGGUUACCUUCUACGAGGGGAAAGCGACGGGGCUCAGGAAGUGCCAGGUGGUGAACGUUGAAGCGUUCCUGGACCAGAAUAUAUUUACAUUGGAAGUACGUUGCAACAUCACAAUCAAAGGAAAAUAUACAGCUGUUGGGAGACUGCUGCUUUUCCCCAUCAAUGGCGAAGGGGAUUGUAAAAUCAAAAUUGUAAACUCCAUUAUAAAACUGAAUAUCAAGACCAAGUACUACAAGGAUGCUGAAGGUCGUGACCAUUUCGGGAUCAAAAAUUACAAAUAUACCUUCGACUAUGGAGAGAGAAUUAUCUACACUAUUAACAACCUUUUCAAAGACAACGCUGAACUUAGUAAUACAGUUUUACAAUUUCUGAACGAAAACUGGAGAAUAGUUACAGAAGAAUUCGGUCAGCCUGUCGUGGACUAUGCUCUCAACGUGACUGUCGGUACUGCCAAAAAAUUCUUCGAUGCAGUUCCGUACGAUGAGUUAUUAAACGUGCCAAUACCUAAGUAUUGA